ACGCAAAGCCCGGGAUUACCUUUUUCCCCACUACCCAAACCCGGCUAGGGUUUUACCACACUCUCUCCCCAUGGCGGCGGCGGCGCUGCGGACGCCGGCGACUCGCCGCCCGCUCCUCGCCCCCUUGAGCAUCCUACGUACGCCCACGCCUCGCCACCUCUCCUCUAGCUCCCCACCCUCUCAACCCCCGAGCUCCCCCGCCGGCGAGCUGCUCCGCCUCCUCUCCGCCGCCCCCACCUGGACCCCCGACCUCGCCCGCGCCGUCUCCUCCACCUUCUCCGCCUCCCCCACCGCCGACGUCGUCAUCUCCGUCCUCCGCUCCAUCAGGAACCCAUCCCUCGCCGCCCCGUUCUUCCUCCUCGCCUCCUCCUCCUCCGCCUCGGCCCCGCACCCCCUCCCCGCCGACGCCUACCACGCCGUCCUCCCGUUCCUCCACCACGACCUCGCCGCCCUCGAGAAGGUCCUCGAGGAGAUGGCCGUCCUCGGGUACGGCCUCCCCAACCAGGCCUGCGCCCACCUCGCCGCCGCGCUCGUCCGCGCCCGCCGCCUCGACGACGCCGUCCUCGCCGUCGCCGUCAUGCGGCGGCUCAAGUUCCGCCCGGCGUUCUCGGCGUACACGGUGCUGAUCGGCGCGCUGGCCGAGGCGCGGCGGCCCGAGCGCGCGCUGGAGCUGCUGAGACAGAUGCAGGAGGUCGGGUACGAGGUCGGGGUGCAUCUGUUCACCACGCUGGUGCGGGCGCUGGCGCGGGAGGGCCAAGUCGCCGACGCUCUUGCGCUGGUGGAUGAGGUGAAGGGGAGCUGCCUGGAGCCGGACAUUGUCUUGUACAACGUGUGCAUCGACUGUUUCGGGAAGGCCGGCAAUGUGGACAUGGCAUGGAAGUUCUUCCAUGAGCUGAAGGCGCAGGGUCUGAAGCCGGAUGAUGUGUCGUACACGAGCAUGAUUUGGGUGCUCUGCAAGGCGGGAAGGUUAGGUGAGGCGGAGGAGCUGUUUGCGCAGAUGGAGGCCGAAAGAUCUGUGCCUUGCGCAUACGCGUAUAACACUAUGAUCAUGGGAUAUGGAUCUGCUGGGCGGUUUGAGGAUGCAUAUAAGUUGCUUGAAAGGUUGAGGGAGAGAGGUUGUAUUCCAUCUGUUGUGUCAUUUAAUUCGAUUCUCACUUGCCUUGGUAAGAAGAGGAAGGUUGAUGAGGCUCUAAGCUUGUUUGAGGUCAUGAAGAAGGAUGCAGAGCCGAAUUCCUCAACAUAUAACAUCAUCAUAGAUAUGCUUUGCUUGGGUGGGAGGGUUGAGGAGGCGUAUAGGAUACUUGAUGAGAUGGAGCAUGCUAGUUUGUUUCCGAACUUGUUGACUGUGAAUAUAAUGGUGGAUAGGCUGUGCAAGGCAAGGAAGCUUGAGGAGGCCUAUAAGAUAUUUGAAAGCGCAAGCCAGAGAGGUUGCAAUCCUGAUUGUGUGACAUACUGUUCACUUAUUGAUGGUUUAGGAAAGAAAGGGCAGGUUGACGAGGCCUAUAGGCUAUUUGAGAAAAUGCUGGAUGCAGGGCACAAUGCUAAUCCUGUUGUAUACACCUCCUUGAUUAGGAAUUUCUUCAUUCAUGGAAGGAAAGAAGAUGGGCACAAAAUCUUCAAAGAGUUGAUCCGUCGAGGGUGCAAGCCUGAUCUAACCCUUCUCAAUACUUAUAUGGAUUGUGUUUUCAAGGCAGGUGAGGUUGAAAAGGGAAGAAUGAUUUUUGAGGACAUCAGGAGUUAUGGGUUUCUUCCUGAUGUCCGAAGUUAUUCCAUUCUGAUUCAUGGUCUCACAAAAGCUGGCCAGGCUAGAGAAACAUCAAACAUUUUUCAUGCCAUGAAGCAGCAAGGUUUUGCUCUUGAUGCUCGUGCUUAUAAUGCUGUUGUCGAUGGGUUUUGCAAAUCUGGGAAGGUGCACAAAGCCUAUGAAAUUCUUGAGGAGAUGAAGGAAAAAUGUGUACAACCUACAGUUGCUACAUAUGGAGCAAUUGUUGAUGGUCUUGCAAAGAUUGAUAGGUUGGACGAGGCUUACAUGCUUUUUGAGGAAGCAAAGUCGAAAGGUAUAGAAUUGAAUGUUGUUCUGUACAGCUCUCUCAUAGAUGGCUUUGGGAAGGUUGGUAGGAUAGAUGAAGCUUAUUUAAUUUUAGAAGAAAUGAUGAAGAAGGGUUUGACUCCAAAUGUGUACACAUGGAAUAGCCUCUUGGAUGCUUUAGUGAAAGCUGAAGAAAUAAAUGAGGCGCUUGUCUGUUUCCAGUCAAUGAAGGAAAUGAAAUGCCCACCAAACACUUAUACAUACAGCAUUCUUAUAAACGGCCUUUGCCGUGUACAGAAGUACAAUAAAGCUUUUGUGUUCUGGCAAGAUAUGCAGAAACAGGGCUUGGUCCCUAAUGUGGUCACUUACACAACCAUGAUCUCGGGGCUUGCAAAGGUAGGAAACAUAACGGAUGCUUACAGCCUCUUUGAGAGGUUUAAGGCCAAUGGUGGAAUUCCUGACGCUGCAAGUUUCAAUGCUCUUAUAGAGGGAAUGAGCAAUGCAAAUAGAGCGAUGGAGGCAUAUCAGGUAUUUGAAGAAACUCGUUUGCGGGGCUGCAGAAUUAAUAUAAAGUCAUGCAUUAGUCUUUUAGAUGCUUUAAACAAAUCUGAAUGUCUAGAGCAAGCUGCUAUUGUAGGUGCAGUUUUGAGGGAGAUUGCCAAGUCCCAACAUGCUUCGAGAUCCUUGUAGUAUUGAGGGUACUUGAGUUUUUCUUUAGGGUGUGCCUCGGAGAAACAGGUCUUUGAUUUGAUCGAUCCUGUUUCAGUGAUUGCAAUUCCAUGCUUGACUGCUGUUCUGCUGUUUGGAAAGAGAACAUUGUUCUGCGUUUUCGUUGAUGUUGAUAAGGAUCGAAUUCUCAGAACUUAAAGAUGACAAGAAUUAUGAUUUCGUUCAAAUCUGCUCCAUUACUGUUGGAUAGCAUCAAAACUGUCAACUGCAUGAUUAGUGCAUAUAAAUGAACUUAUGGACAAAGAAUUCAUAGUUCAGUGUGCUUGACUUGCAAGUUGGACCAAGCUCCUCUGCAGACCACGGUUUAUCAGUUAUCUCAGUGCCUUUUUUGAAGCUUGUCAAAUUUACAUGCAAUGUUCAAUCAAUCUCCACCUGGAAUGAUGAAAGUUAGCCAAAGCAUAUUGUGGUGUGCUCCUCUAGACAUCAUAUAUAUUGGUUGCCCUGGUGCAAAUUUCCUUUUUGGCCAAGCACAAGAUGAGAUGACUAGAGUUGAAGCUUGCAUCAAUGGUGAUAAAAUUUGAGAUUGGUAACUUGCUGACCAGAAAUUCCGUGGAGCCUAAGAUGAAUUGCUGCCAUACUUUCUUCUUGUCUUUAUAAUUAAUCUAUACAUACAAGCAUGUUUGAUUUAUGAGGCAUGGGGGAUCAAAUGUGCACUACGCAUUUUUUAUUGAGAUCAUGCUUGCUGCUGCUCCAAAUGACUGCAGCUCAGUUCUAGCUCAUGCUCUUGGAACUUUCUUGUUCCUGAUGAGGGCUAAGUGAUCUUCUAGCCACUUGAAUUGGUUUUUAUUCUGAAGUUAUCUGAGGGCAUUCACCCUUCUGACUCAGAGUUGAGUUACCUACCUUAUUCAGUCAUUUGGUUUGAUUUUGAUAUAGAAAGUCUAGUACUAUUCAUAUGCCUGCAUCUCUAGUUGAAAAUAAUAUGGUCAAAUGGAAAUUUCAUCUCAACAUUUAUCUUACUUACAUUUCUUUCCAGGCGGGUUGGCUUGAUACGACGAUGAGGCUGGACUGCUUGAUAUUCUCCUGAACUUCCAUUUUAUUAUUGGAUUAGGCCACCUGUGGAUCUUUCAAUGGAAUUAAAAUGGUAGCCUGGCUACGCAUGGUAAACCAGAGCUCCUGCUCGAGUUCUCCCCUGUUUGGUCGAUUUGGAUCAAAUUUGUCCUUCAAUAGGUUCCUUUUAAGAGAUUUCCCUUCCACAAGGGUAUGUGUAUACUUUUUGUUGUGUAUAUUGCAGAUACCAAUAUAUUUCAAAUUUCACGAGAGAAUGUGGAAUAUACAGGAGGAAACAAAUAAUAAUGGGUUUUAAUCCAUAGUCAUGUUA